ACCUAAACCUGAGCAGAUGUGCUAGUAUUAGUGUUUUUCUUUGAGAGAAGAAAAAAAGCCAAGCAAUGUUUUUACUUUGAAACAAACGUUAUUUCACAUGCAGGAAACCCAACCAAGUGCCGACCACUUGUAAAGAGAACGGCGCUGAUCCUCCACUGGUGUAAUCAGCAUAUCUCCAUGGGCAUCAAGGGAACCACACUGAUCUAUACCACAUGAGGUUUUGAAUGAAAUUAUGCUUUACAGACAGCUUCCAGUUUUUACUACGCAACAGGAACCAGAGUCCGAUCCUGGAGGUGACGUGGGACUCUGGGCUCAAGGAGAUGAAUGAGACCUGGAAGGGAGCUAUUGCCUGCUUGGGGGUAGCUGUCUUCUUCGUAAUGACCAUCGGAAUUAUCUACCUGGCAAGUGGUGGACCAGCAAACAAGAACUGGAUCUUGAGAGGGAGCACCAGUGGUCUCAUCUGGGAGCGAAGGUCUCACUCCCUAGUCCUGCAGACCCUGAGCGAGGAGAAGACCCUGGUGGAAAUCAAUGUGGGCAACUUCCCAGACCAUGGAGCAGUCCUUGUGAAGAACUUGUGCUGGCUGAACAAGACAGAAUUCUGCUAUACCUGGGAUGCGACGGCGGAUCUGGAGAUCUCCCUCGAACCUGGUCCCUCUGCCAGCACAGAGUGCUACAGGAUAAACUGGACUCCUCUGCACUGCAAGGUUACACUAAAGGAUUGUUUUUCAAUGAUUAAUGUCUCCUGGUACGGAGGAGCAAGCAUCAGAGCCCAGCGCUGGCCUUUGAACAAUGUGAAUACAAAGUCCCAGCCAUUUGUUAUCAGCAACCUCACCAAAAAUCCCACUGGCUAUGGAUCUGUCUUAGAAAAAUACUUUUUGGGAUCAACAGGGGUGACAGUGACAGUUGAACCAGAUGUCCCCAUCUCCCUCUCAGUGGAGAGCAACAGGCACUUCUGUCUGGAGAGCCCUUCCAGCAUAUCCAUGUUCCCCCUACAGUACAUGGUGUGCAUCAGUCAAAACAUCACCUCUGCCCACCAGGAAGUGGGGAGUCAGCUCUCAGAGCAGGAGAGGAGGCUGCCAAACACUGACAUAUUAGGGUUGCCAAUCUGGAGGCAUUACAAAGCAGCAGAUUCUGCUGCCAAAAUGGAGCGAGGAUUAAGGUCUUUCUUCAACAGAUUGAAAAGACAUCAUCUCGGGGAGGGGCUAAUUGCUCUCAAUGAACAUUCCACAAUGUUACUUUCCAAUGCGGACCAUAUGCACUUGCUCAUGGCUAGCAGGAAGAUGCAUGCUCUGAGACACACCAGGGACCUCUCAUUAAUUAAACCUCUGAAGUUUUCUAUAACUCUGUCCCCGUAUACAAGCAUUAAUUCCCAGCCGUUUCUGAUGUCUCUGCAAGAGGGCAAAGAAAAUUACUGGCUGAGCCUCCAAUCGAAAUUCGACAGCCAUCCGACUCCUCUGCUUACCAAGUGGAAAGGGCAGUUUUCUGUCCGGCUGAAUGUGACCAAUGAUGCUGCAAGAAACUGGUACAUGGACAGGGUGAGCCUCUUGUGGCAGAGACUGGGAGCACAGUAUGUGACUUUUGAAGGUGCUGAAGGAAACACAUUUGCGGAACAGACAAUCCAGCCACCCAAAGAACUGGAAGGGGAUAAAUACAUUGGCAUUUUUGCAUUAAUGGCAGCUACGCUGGGAAAUUCGACAAUAAUUAGUGCCGUCACAAGAUCUAACCAUCUGCCACUCUUCAUUCAAAUGACCCCACUCCAGUCGGACUGGAGCUAUGCUGGUUUGAAGGGAAUUAUACCUUCUGUGCUUCACUACAGUCUUCUUGGCUACAACUUCUUCAUUCCGGAUGCUGUAGGAGGGACCCUGGCAAAUGAGAUCCUGACAGAAGAAGAGCUAUAUAUUCGUUGGCUGCAGAUUGUGACGUUCCUUCCUGUGAUGUCCUUCAGCACUCCGCCAUGGGUCUGCUGUGACGAAUGGGUACUGAAUCUCACUAGGCAAUACAUACAGAGGCAUCAAGAUUUUGUUGUCCCGCUCAUUGUAAAAUUCAGCAAGGAAUGGCUCUCCUGUGGGUAUCCCAUCUUCCGGCCGCUGUGGUGGCUCAGCCCCAAUGACCCAGUCACCUUCACUAUAGAUGACGAAUUCCUCAUUGGAGACGAGGUACUGAUUGCCCCAAUUACAGAACAAGGGCGAGUUCAGAGAGACAUCUACCUGCCUGGGGAAGACCUCACAUGGAUGGACACCAACACUGCACAGGUGUUUGAUGGAGGAACCUUAAUCAGGAACUACUCAGUAAAUCUUGUGGAGGUGCCAGUUUUUGUAAAAGCCUCCUAGAUUUCAGGCUGUCCCAGCUCUCAAAAGAUUCACCCACUUCUCAGAAGAGUGAUGCUGACAAGACAGGCUCUCUUCCUUUUCAGCCAUUUGUGCUUUUCCAGGAACUUUUUUUUAUACAGGUGUUUAAAUUUUACUGUGAUUUGCUCCCGUUCUAAAAUAGUGAAAUACUGCAGGAGCUUUGGUACAAAAAAUACACACAUGUAGCACAUCCGCUGAGAUCAUCCAGCUUCAUCUGACUCUAUCCUGUGUGUUAUCUACCAGGAACGUCUCUGACUAACUAAUAGUGAAAGAGAGACACCCUCAAAGUCACAGGGUAAUGAGAAAGCAGAUGGAUUCAAUGUCUACUAGAAAUAUUCCCCUGUUUGGGGGGAAAAAUAAUUAAAGUAAAGAGGAAACUCUAACAGAGCCAGGUAUGGACAGACAGCAUGACUGGCUGACUUGAAAAGAAACAGUCUUGGUUGACCAGGUCUAACUGCCUGCUGGAGUCUUAGUGAAACAGGAUUGCAUCAUCACCUACCUUCUGCAGACUGCAAUGUUUGGUUUGGGAAAACUGCAGCAUCCAGUUCUGGGUCUUGUGUCAAUGUCUUUAUUUUCCUCUAGAAAAAGAGAGUUUUAUUAUUAGACAAAAACAAGGAGAGGGCAGAGAAAGCUAUUCUGUAAUGUGUUGCUGCAGGUCACAAAUGUGAGAAGUCUUCUCCAUUCCUUAUGGAUGAUUAUUUGCCUUGUGUAGUUUUAGAGACUAUCCUGUCUGCUUCCUUCUGCCCCUGCUUUCUCACUUCAGAGUGCCUCCUUCCCAUGGCUUAGGAACACCCCAAAACUGAAAUCAGCCUUCGCUUAUUUUUGGAACUAAGUAGCCUAUCUGAAGCACAGGGAUGUGUGUCUUAUGCAGCAGCUGGGAUUCAGUAAACUGAGGAUGUUCUAGAAUGGCAACACUUAAAACAUUCAAAAGGUUCUAGGAGGCUACAAAGAGAAGAUUUUCUGUAAUGUUAGGAGCUCAGCAAACACAUGAGUUCUUAGUAGCUGAUAAGAUGCUGCAGAGGCUGGACAUACAUAGUGUUAGCAUAACUGGAGGGAAGAAACAGCUUCCAAGUGAAUUCAAAUGACCGUACCAAGGCGUGCAUAUAUAUAGGAGGGCGACUCAAGAUUUUCAAUGCUAAAAUUAAUGUAAAUGGUACAAUUUCUUUGUGUAUCCCAUGACAAGUACCCAACUUCACUCAUAAGAAAUGUCUUACUGCUUUGCCAUAUCCUUGGGAUAAAUGAGCCAGA